AUGACUGGCGCCAACUACCACCUGCUACCUAGCAGGGAAAGCGAGGAGACAUGUGUUUCCAUCGAUGCUGAUCUCAAGGUCUCAUCCGACAAACAUGCCCUUCACAGUUCCAUCGAUGAGAUCGAUGAUGUCCAAAGCGAUGGAAAGUGUAAGAGGCCUUGGUUGUUGAUGAAAGCCAUCGUUUGCCUCGUGCUCGUUUCGACGACUGCCUUCGCUGCAUGCUGCUUCUAUCGCAGCGGCAGCCCAGCAUCCGCGAUUUGGACGGACCGACCCAUUACGAAUCGUCCCAUCUCCACCAACAUCGCCUCCGACUCCAACCUCGUCUUCGGUCUCGGCAUCGGCGACGUCACAGGACCCAUCGUCGAAGUCAACAUGAUGGGCUACGCAUCACUUCCACAGACCAACACUGGCUUGCACAUCCGACUUCGAUCUCGCGCUUUCAUCGUCGGAUCUGCGGACGCUCCCAACUUCUCAGCCAAGCUUGCAUCCAGGUUCAAGAGCUUCAUCCCUACCGCCGAUGGAUCUGCUACGCGAUGGAUGUUCAUCAACUCGGAUAUCUGCAUGGGCGACACGGCUCUGCGGAAGGCUAUCGUGGAUCGAUUGAGGCAGACAUACCCGGGAGUGUAUGGAGAGAGGAACAUCGCAUUCGUGGGAACGCAUUCGCACGCCGGACCGGGAGGAUUCAUGCAAGCCUUGUUGCCGACAUUGACGUCCAAGGGUGUCAUCAUGCAGAACUUUGAUGCAAUCGUCGAGGGGACGGUGAGGGGUGCUGCACGUGCGCAUGAGGAUUUCGUCGCCAGGCAAGCCAACUUGGACAGCGGCGGUAGCACUCGAUUGAGUUAUGGCAAGACGAGGUUGGAAGACGCACACAUUCAACGUAGCCGCUAUGCGUACGAGCAGAAUCCGCAGCAAGAACGGGACCUCUACGAUGACGAAGACCAAGACCACGACUUCAGCCUGCUCAAGUUCGAAGACGUCACCGAGGAUAGAAAGGCCUCGGCAGCAGGGUUCCUGUCGUGGUACGCGGUGCACGGCACAUCGCUGUACGAGAACAACACGUUGACUUCGGGUGACAACAAAGGUCUGGCUGCGCUGUUGUACGAAACAGCGGAACAGCCGGAUAUGCUGCCCGGUGAAAACAGCUUCGUCGCCGGAUUCUCGCAGGCACUGGUCGGGGACACUUCGCCGAACACCAAGGGUGCAUGGUGUGACGACGGUUCGGUGUGCGAGUACAAGCAUUCGACGUGCGAUAACGGCAAGGGCAAAGAGAGGGUCCAGACUUGUCACGGCAGGGGACCCGCGUGGGGUGUGGACGAGUAUCUACCGACGAGUCCGACGGGAGGAUAUGAUUGGGCGUCGAACGAGAUCAUUGCGAGGAAGCAGGUGGAUGCUGCGAGGCAGAUCAUGGGACGCGAGUCCUCGACGGAGGAGCAGGGAGAAUUCGAGGGGAUGACCGUGUUGAGUGGACCGGUGAAGAGCGUCAAGAUGAACGUCGAUAUGAGUCAGUACACCGUCUACCGUCCUGAUGGCAGUCGUGUCAAGACGUGUCCCGCUGCGCUCGGGUACGGUUUUGCAGGCGGAACAACAGACGGUCCCGGUGCAUUCGAUUUCGUCCAAGGCAGCAACAAGACCGACCACCACAAUCCCUUCUGGGACCUUGUCAAGGGAUUCAUCAAGAACCCCGGACCGGAACAGAUCGAGUGCCAAGCACCGAAAGCCAUCCUGUUGGACAUUGGCGAGAUCCACAAGCCGUACGACUGGGGACCGUCGAUCGUCGAAGUUCAGAUCUUGAGGGUGGGGGAUCUGUUCAUCCUGAUCGUUCCGGGAGAGUUUACGACGAUGGCGGGAAGGAGGUUGAAGAGGGUUGUCGGGGAAGCGAUCAGGCGAGCUGGGUUGGUGGAGGAUGGGAGGGAGCCGAUGGUGCAGGUGAGUGGUCCGGCGUCGACAUAUGGGCACUAUGUGACGACGGAAGAGGAGUACAGUGUGCAGCGGUACGAGGGUGCGAGUACGCUGUUCGGUCCGCACACGCUGGAGGCGUACAUGGACGUCUUCUCGAGACGACUCGUUCCUGCGCUCAAGGAAGGAGCCCGCGAUCUUCCCGUUGGACCGCAGAAAGCGUUCGACAUGUCGAAGACGUGGAAGCUCAAAACAGGCGUCGUCUACGACAAUCCUCCCGUCGGAAAAUCGUUCGGAGACGUCCUUCAACAACCGCUCCUUUCGUACCCCCUCCCCGACAGCAAUGUUUCUUCCCUGCACCCGACCACUUCAUCCCUUUCCAACAUCACCGUCUCGUUCGUAGCCGCCAAUCCACGCAACAACCUGCGCCUCGAACAAACCUACUUUUCCAUCCAACGGUUCACCCCCGAAGGAACGUGGAAGACGGAACGAAUCGACGGUCACCACUCGACCACGAUGCGUUGGACCAGGACGAACGAGUUCCACGGCUCGAGCGUCGUCGACAUCGGAUGGGACGUCGAACCGGGCACCAAGGAGGGGCUGUACAGGGUGAUGUAUCAUGGCGAUAGGAAGACGCCUUUUACGGGCAAAAUUCAGCCGUUCGAAGCAGUGUCGAAUGAGUUUUAUCUUGUAUAG